AUGCCCUCCUACACCCGGUACCGCUCUCGAGGCGCUCCACCCUCUACUGCACCAGUUCUGGCACGUCCAAGUGCUAGGAACCUGCGUUCCAUUCGUACACCGUCUUUUGACUCGACUUCCUUGACUCCAACCGGACGAAAACGCAAGCAGAUGGUAAAGCCUUCUACGUCGAAAUCGAACUCAAAUACACUCAAACGACGUCGCCGAACCAGUCAAGUCGCAGAUGAUACUAGCGAUGAUGAAUAUCAUACUGAAGACGAAGAAAAUUCUGAAGAUGACUCACAUGAAAAUGAUUCUGACCCCGACAUUCAACUUCAACUCCAACCCACUCGAUCCAGCACCAAUAUUCAACCUACCGAUGAAGAUGAAGAAGUCGAAGAUGAUGACCUCAUGCGACGUCUCAACAAUCAGUUUCAGGCGAGUCCAGAACCAACGAAUCGGCGAGCUUCGAAUCGAAUCUCGUGA